GUGGAGCUGCUUUUCUCCGGCAAGGCCGCUCACCGCAGCUGGGCCUGGGAAGAGCUGCUGGAAGCCCGGACCUGCUUCCUGACCUUGCGCUGCGCAAAGCAAUACAUGGGCUUCAUCUCGGAGAGGCUGUACCGCGCCCAAGACCUGCUGAAGGUUGAGGAAGGUGAUGGCUUGAACCCGCAAAAGGCCUCGGAGUUGUCCAAAUUGCUCUACCAUGCGAAUCACAAGAUGCUGGAACUUGACCGGAUUCUGCAAGGAGGCUCCCCUGCAGUGGCACUCACUGGCAAGGAGCGGCAAGCUGUGCUGCAGCUGCGCUUGCAGAGGCCCAGCAGCCUGGCAGAGGCGCGGAAGCUGGUGGAGCAGGCGGAGCUGUUUCGGGCGCAGCUGGCGACCGACCUCAAGGCCGCCGAGUCGGAGCAGCGCCUGCCCGCAGAGGUGGAGGCAGAGCCGUUGCUCCGGUGGCUGCGCAGCGUGCGAGUGCGGAUGGCGCUCGGGGUCGGCCCUGGCCCCUCGGGAGGCGCAAAGCCUCUGGCGCCUCUUGCACGGACCAGGUCUUCCGAGGAGCAGGAAGCCAUCAAAGACUUGAUCCAGGAGAUCUCACUCUCUGAAGGCAUCCAGGUAGUUGUCGCAGGAUAUGGCAUUUGCUCCCGCACUCUCGGGACCAGUCACUCCAAGUCAGACCAUGACAUCAAGUGCAUCUUCGUGCACCCCCGAGACGCGUACUUCGGUCUGAAGUCGAUGGCCACCACCUUCAAGCGCCAGUUCGCGGGCGCGGCCGCCGGCGACGACGUGGAGAUCUCCGGGUGGGAGGCGCGGCAUGCGAUGCAGCUGCUGGCGGAGGACAACCCUGCAGUGCUGGGGCUGCUGCUCUCGCCGAUCAUUUUCCUGGGCGAGGAGUGGCGAGCUCGGCUCGAGGACAUGGCAUCGAAGCUGUUCAGCAGGCAACGGCUCAUGUACCACUGGUACAACCACGGCCGCAAGAACUUCCAGAGCUAUAUCAAGUCAAGCGAAGAGCCCCUGCGAAAACGCUACGUCCACGUCCUGAGGCCUUUGCUGACCUUGGCCUGGCAACAGCGGCAGGGCUCGGACUGCUUUAGGUGGCCGCCUGCUCGUUUGGACCAGCUGCUGGCGUCGGUGGCCGAGCUGGGCGCUUUGUCUCAGGAAGAAGCCGCAAGCGUUGUCUCUUUGAUUGAGCACGUGGAGGAGCUGCCACAGGCUUUGCCACGAGUGGGGGCGCUGGAUGCGUUGAUCCUGCGGCUGCUGGACCGCGAGCUGUCCUUUGCGAAGCCCGCGGCAGCCGAAAGCGACGCAUGGCACAAACUCUGCGUUGAGCUCAUCAGCACCAUAGCGCACGCCUGCCGGGCCAAAGGAGCCAGGCGCGAGCUGCCCCAGAGUGCACAAAUGAGGAAGGCGUCGGGCUCCGGCCCGGACGAAGGAUGGAUCAGCGCAAAGCUGAAGGACAAGGCGCUGGCUGUUCGCAUCGAGGAUUUGGCUCCCGUCCUGGUGUGUUUCUACUCCGGCGGCAUGACGUCGGCGCAAGGGCGGGCACACCUGAGAGUGUUCCUGGAAGCAGCCCGUGCGGCUGGCCUGUCCACACAGCUUGUCUUGGACCAUGCCACGGAAGAGCCUUUCAGGCACUGCGAAAACUGGCCGCGCUACCUCGACGCUCUGCAGCGAGAGGUGGAGAAGCCAGAGCUGAGACCCAGGCGCGUGAUCCUCUUCGCUCAUAGCCAUGGAUGCCUGCAGGCCUACGGCCUGGCCCAGCGGCUGGGAAGCCGGGUCUUGAAGCUCUACGUGGCGGCGCGGCGACCCCCCAGCCUGCCAUUGCUGGACGAGGUGUGGGGCGUGCCAAGCGGCAAGGAUAUCCAGGCCCUGGAUGACACCACACUGCUGGAAGGGAUGUUGGGAGCCUGGCGGAAUCAGCUGCUGGAGGCAUCGCGCGGCCCGCCCCUGCCACCAAUAGCAACAAAGAUCCUUGCCACCGUGCGGGAGCAAUACGCUUCCCCUUGCGCGCCAGGUGGCAGCUGUGAGUUAGAGGUUCUUCACCUGCAGGCCAAGGUAGCUGCGCCCAUCCUGGCCUUGGCGUGCUCGCAGGAGAAGGCUAAAGGAGAAACGGCCACCAAAAUGGAAGGCUGGAGAGCUUUGACGUCUUCCAGCUUUGAGCUGCGGGUGGUGGAUGCCGACCACAUGGACUGCCUCUCGGGGAAGUCUGAGCUGGUUGGCUUAGUGGUGGAGGACGUGAAGCAGCUGCUGGCAAGCCCAAGCUGA